AUGGCUUCAAACCACCGAAGUCUCAAAUUCACUAUUUUUUUAAAACAACGAAACAAAUUGCAAACUUUUAAAAUAAAAAAAAUGAUACGAAGAAGAACCAGACCAGAAACACCACCUCAUAUUCAUCAAGACACACGAUAUAAGACCCCCGAACUUGAAGAAACUCCUGAAGAUCGAAGAAGAAGAAAAUCCCGAAAGCUCAGUGCUGUUAAAAAUUAUUAUAAAGCUUUAAACAGCCUAAAUACGAUUACACUCAACCCUAUUGGAGCAUCUACUCACUCAACUACUCAAGCCCAAUUAGUUCAAAGGCGCCCCAGAAUGAAUUAUAAUCUUGCUAGAAGCUCAAUUAAAACAUUUAAACCAACAGUUGUGUGCGGGAAGCAUGUAGUCUGCGGCAGACAUAUGCUUCCACGAAUAUCAAUUAGUUGUGAGCAUUGUCAAGCUUUGCAUUGGCCAAUGGAGUCCUUAACCAAUUGCUACCAUGAUAUUUUGACCGAUAUUCAGCAUGAUCUCCAUAUGCAUAAUCCUUUUGCUCAAGUAUUCCGAAGUGCUGGCCAGUUCAUUCGCGAAGGUCAGCCAAUUAUGUUAAAGCUUUUGAGUGGCCAAGGUUUUGAUAUAAGGCGUUAUAACCGACCUACUGCAGACGAAGUUGCGGUUUUACUAAUUGAAAACGAUGCUAACAGUGAAAACUUACAUAAUUCUGUAAGUGAUCCUGAAAAUGAUAUUGAUCUUGCAGAUGAAGACUUAGACAAUGAAUUAAGACAGACUCAGCACAGAAAACAUGUUACAAUUCGAGACUAUGCUGCUUACUGUUUAUAUACGUAG